GUAAGAAUGUAUCAGCAGCACCAGCCAAUUAAGUUGACUUUUGAAGCAACCCCUGCUCAGAGUGAGACCAUAGCAGGACCAUGCCCUCAGGACUAUUCUAUAAAUGAAUCUCAUGUAGCAAACACAGAACUCCAACACAACGAAAUACACUGUCAUUCUCCAUGCAAGCAAAUGAAAACAUUUCCUUGCAACUUACUUACUGUUCGUGUAAUACGACUGAGGAAUCUCCGCCAGGCUGAUGCCCUAAGCCACUCUGAUUGUUAUGUAACCCUCUGCCUACCGACUGCUACAACUGAGAAGCUGAAAACUAAAACUGUAAAUAAUUGCAAGAAUCCUGUUUGGAAUGAAACCUUUUACUAUAGAAUUCAAAGACAAGUCAAGAAUGUGCUAGAGUUCUCAGUGUAUGACUCAGAUGUUGUUACUGAAGAUGAUCACCUUUUCACUGUUAGUUUUGAUGUAGCUCGUCUUCCUGAUAAUGAGAAAGUUCUUAUGAAUUUUAAAUGUGAUCCAGAGACACAAGAAGAGCUGGAAGUUGAAUUUAUAGUGGAACCUGCGUGUGGUCCUCCGGAAACACUAAUUACAAAUGGAGUUCUAGUGUGUCGUGAAAUUUGUACCCUGGAAGCAGAGGUGGAUCAAAGUAAGCGACAUAAAUCACAGAAAGACCUUUCACUUUCGAUAAAAGGAUCGUAUGAAGGGACACAAACUUUUAAGUUGGGUUCAGAUGCAGUUGUCACACCUCCGUGUCCCACUACGUUCCAUUAUAUCAAGUACAAGGAUCCAUCAUUGAAUGUUAAACUACCAAAGACAAAACAACAUUAUAACCCUCGUUGCUGUUCUUGUUCCAUCAAGGAAGAUGUUCCAAUUCUGAAGCUGAAUUCCCUGCCUAUGGGAGAGAAAGUGCCCAUAGUGGAAGAAAAAAAGUACAAUCUGCACGUAAAAGUGAAUGAUUGUAAUUGUUCCUGCCCAGGAGACCUAGAUGUGCGCUUGGGGUAUGAUCUCUGUUCACAAGAGCAAGAGUUCUUGUGUAAGCGGAAAAAAAUUGUUGCUCAAGCUUUGAAGCAGGUUCUCCAGCUUGAUUAUGACUUGCAAGAUCACGAGGUUCCUGUGGUGGCAAUCAUGACAACUGGAGGUGGGACAAGGUCAUACACAACAACAUUUGGCUCUAUGAGAGCACUCACAAAACUGAAUAUUAUGAAUUGUGUAACAUACAUGUCUGGCUUGUCUGGAACUUCAUGGGCCAUGGCACAUCUAUACAGGGAUGCUAACUGGUCCCAGAACGAUCUACAUGAAAAAAUACAGGAGGCUAAGAAACAAGUGACCAAAAGCAAGUUGGAAAUGUUCACCCCGAACCGUAUGAAAUACUACUAUCAACAGUUGAAUCAAAGGAAACAGGAGGGCUACCCUACAACUUUUAUAGAUCUCUGGGGACUCGUCAUAGAAUAUUUGUUAAAUGAUGGGAAAGAUAAUCACAGGCUUUCAGAGCAGAAAGAAUCUUUGAUAAAUGGACAAAAUCCCCUGCCCAUCUAUGUAACUAUUAACAUCAAGGACAAGUACAGUACUCAAGACUUCAAAGAAUGGCUAGAAUUUACACCCUACGAGGUGGGAUUUCUGAAGUAUGGAGCCUUUGUGCAUCCUGAGGACUUUGGAAGUGAAUUUUUCAUGGGCCGCUUGAUAAAGAAGCUUCCAGAAAUCCGGUUGUGCUAUCUUCAUGGUAUGUGGAGUAGCAUAUUUUCACUCAACUUGUUGUAUAUUUGGAAUAGAGUUAACAGUUCAGAAGAAUUCUGGCAUCAAUGGACUCAAGACAAAUUUAUAGAUAUUGAUGAAGACCCACACUUACCUACAAAACCCUAUGAGCUAAAAAGCCGCAUGUUUGUCCCACCUGGAAGUCUAGCCACGAAACUUCGCGGGGUUUUGACAGAUCGCUUAGCUGUUGCUCAGUAUCACAAUUUUCUGAAGGGUUUUCAGAUGCAUGACCGCUACAUGGAGGAUACGCAUUUUCAUAGAUGGAAAGCUACUACAUUGGAUUGUUGUCCUAAUCAGCUAACUGAAUAUGACGAUCACCUGGGCCUGGUGGAUGCUGGAUUUUUCAUCAAUACAAGUUGCCCACCACUCUUAAGACUAGAGAGGAAAGUGGAUGUCAUUCUGCAUUUGAGCUACAGUGCAGGUUCACAAACAUUGCCUCUAGAAGAUGCUUGCAAAUACUACACAGAACAAGGGAUUCCAUUUCCAAAUGUUGUCUUAACAGAAGAAGACAGAAAACAGCUGAAAGAAUGCUACUAUUUCAAUGAGUCAGAUCGUUCUGGUUGCCCCAUUUUGGUUUUCUUUCCAUUAGUGAAUGAUACUUUCCAAUAUUAUAGUGCACCUGGCGAAAAGCGCUCUGAAGCCGAUAUGGAUGGUGGCAAUAUUGAUGUUUCUACUUGCAAAACUCCAUAUUCCACUUACUGCCUGAAAUAUUCGGAUGAGGAUUUUGACAAGCUUGUGAACCUAAGUGAAUACAACAUCCUGAAUAACCAGCACCUGAUUUAUCAAGCUUUGCAUGCAGCAAUAGAACGGAAAAGGCAGCACUGCUGCAAGAAUUAAAUUCCUUUCUAUGUGUCAUCAUAAAUGGAUUGUGAUUAUCUUCCCCCCCCCUUCUCAAAAUAAUUUCUUUCUACAUUAGCAAAGCAUUGUUGUACUUUAAAGACAAACAAGUGUGUCAUAAAAUGACACAGCAUCACCCCAGCCCUGUGGGCAUUUCUGUCAAUGUGUCAGUAUUGUAAGCAUGCCCGUUUAGAUAUUCAACUAUAAUUAUGUUCAUAAGUGCUAAAUGCAUUGUAGAUUUUCUCAUGACAUCCACACAUCACACCAUCUGAAAUUUUGAUAUGUUAAGUCUGAAAAGAUAGACCAAUACAGUUAUUUGCAUCCAGAAUCACAGUGGAAUGGGUGGUCAGAAGACACUCUGCUGCUCUGGGCACAUGCAGAAGGGAAAAUGUGAUGAACCUUGUUACAUAGCAAUCCUAAGGCUUCCUCUGAAUUUUUUUUCCCAUUAAAAAGUACAGUUCUUUUUCUUUUUUAGCAAUAUGAGUGCCCUGAAAUCAAACUGGAAGCUUGCAGUUAUUGGAUAAGCCUUUCAGUUAUGAUACAGUCUUUCCUCGAAAAGGAAAAACAGUUUAAGGCUAGCAGUCCUACUCCAGUACUGAGAGUAGAAUUUUCCUUGCUUGCAAAGCAAAACAAAACAAAACGAAUCACCGGUUGUUCCUUUUCCUGACUUCCAACCGUUCUCCUUUCGUUCUGGCUUGAUAUAGGAACCUAAAUGUACCAGGGGUGGUAUUCACUUCCCUUCGCUACUGCAGGGAUGUGUGUGUGUGUGUGUGUGUGUGUGCAGAGCAUCAAAAAUAGGACAUGAUAACCUCCAGGCGGUGGUGGUAUUCAGCGGUGGUAUUCAGCUGGUUCUAUCCAGUUUGGGCAGAGCCUCCUACUGCCGCCACUACCGGUUCACCUGAACCAGAUAGAACUGGCUGAAUACCGCCACUGAAAUGAAUCAAUCCCUGGCUUAGCAGCAUUUUAAAAGAGCAAAGUUUGACAUUGUCCUUUAUGUCCACUGACAAUUUUGUUUUGGUUUACUUUGGAGAAAAAUAAGAGAGUGAAGGUGAGUAAAGCUGCAGAGACAGGACAAGUCAGCCAGUUAGUGGUUUGGCACCAGAAGAGACAUUAAAUGGCAGCUGCUGACCAGAUGGUAUUUCCCAAGGUUUGCAAAUAUUUAAACAGGCCUGCUCCGCAAUUAGGAGGCCUAUCUAUGUAUCAUCCAUGUAUGUGCCUUCAUCUCCCUCUAUCCCAGCCACCAGUGUGCUGAUUCCUUCCCCGUGCUUGCCAAACGCAGAUCUCUGCAGCCCUCAAACAAGUCCUUGAUAUGUCAUCCCUUUGGAUCUUUGAUUAGGGGCUGCUCCCAUGAUCCGUAUCCCUGUAGCAUCAUGUGUCGAGCCGGAGCUGGGCUUGACAGUAUGUGUGGUUGCUAGGAGUUGAAAUGACUUGAUGGUGCACAUAGGUAAUCUUCAACUUAUUACCACAAUUGCAACUGGAAUUUCUGUUGCUAAGCAAGGUGGUUAUUUAUUGUGCCUAGUUCUAUCUUUUCCCCCCUCAGUUGUUAAGCAAAUACCUAAAGUUAAAUGAAUUGUGUGGCCAUUCAGUGAAUCUGGUUUAGGAUUCUUUCCCCCCCUACCAUAUUAAAUGGGCUGAUGGAUGCACUUAGUUUGGCUCUUCUGCUAUGACCUGUCUGACAUAGGUGACGUUUCAGGUAGAAUGCGUUACUGUGACCAUAGUUUUCAAUCUCAUCAAGUGUCACAAGCCCCUCCUCACCCAAGACAAAAGGAUACCUAUGGAGGGUAUUUUUUAUUAUGGUUGGUGCACAGACAGCGAGAUAUUUAGACUGGAUUUGCCAUUUUUGUCCACCUAUCAAGUUCUUCCCAAGGGCCUUGUUGUUAUUAUUAUGAUUGUUGUUAAUAUUGUGGAAGUUAUUGGCAGGAUUUUGCAAUUCUAACAAUGAUACUACAGUAAACCAUAUUAGAUAUUAGCGUUCCUUGAUAUCUGUGAACAAAUGGGCAAUGGGACUUAGGAGCUAUGGAUGGGCAACUAGGACCUAGCCCUGUAGGAUUAGUGAAAGAACAACAACCAGAUAAAACAAACAUAAAAAUUACAUCAUUUUGGGCUGCUAUUAUAAACAAGAACCAACCAACAAAGGUACUUAAAGUGAAUGUUUGAACAUUGGAAAAUAAUUUAACCAGAUUCUAAUAUUAUUGAAUAACAAUCAGCAGACUUGAGGAGAUGCUGCAGAUUCUAAUAUUAUUGAAUAACAAUCAGCAGACUUGAGGAGAUGCAUUACCAGAAAUAAAAUAUUCAGGGAUGUAGAACUGGAAGAGAUUCGGAAAAACUGAAAAUGGAAGACCCCAAAACAAUAAUAGAAUAGUAGAAGAAUCUCCAAUAGUAACAGUUGCAAAUAUAAAGGAAAAAAACUCACAUUAACUAGAGAAAUGACAAUUUGGAAGAAGUAAUAAUAAAGCUAGUACAGAUUAACACUGAAAUAACCUAUAAACUGACCUCUCUACCAGAAAAAUGAAAAAACUUUAGAAACCAUAAAGCAACAAAUACUAGCAAGAGUGGGGAAAAUUUAAUGGAAUGAAGCAGGGGUGAAAUGCUCCCGGUUCGGACCGGAUUUCCUGAUCCGGUAGCGAUUGUGGCGGGUGGUUCAGAGAACUGGUAAUGAUGGCAGCGCGAGGCUCUGCCCACCUGCCCAGUUGUCAUUUCUUCCUGGUUUUAACAGGAAGUAAUGUGUUUUUUACCCUCUGCGCAU